GCUAAGUUUGCCAGCUUCUUCUGGUUGGAAUCAUUUCAAAGAUGACUCAUUGCUUCACUGUAAGUUAUUUUACGCACUUUUCUUCCUUCCGAUUUGGGGUUCACUCGAGAGUAAGAGAGUGAUGUUGCAGUGCAUAUUUCUCGUCUCAGAUGCCGGAGAGUUAAUGCUGGAGAAGCAGCUCACGGGGCACCGCCUGGAUCGCUCCAUUUGUGCCUGGUUCUGGGAACAAACCAUUUCACUAGGCGACUCCUUCAAGCAACAACCAGUGAUUGCCUCUCCCACGCAUUAUAUUUUCCAUGUUUUUCGCGAGGGAAUCACUUUUCUGGGGUGCACGCAAGUUGAAAUGCCACCCUUAAUGGCCAUUGAGUUUCUUUGUAGGGUAGCUGAUGUCCUCAAUGAUUAUUUUGGGGCAUUGAAUGAAGACAUAGUUAAAGACAACUUUGUCAUUGUGUAUGAGCUGUUGGAUGAGAUGAUAGACAAUGGCUUCCCCUUAACUACAGAACCUAGUAUCCUGCGAGAGAUGAUUGCUCCACCGAAUAUGGUUAACAAAGCCUUGAGCAUUGUGACUGGUAACAGUUCAAAUGUGAGUGAAACCCUUCCUGCGGCUACUGCAUCUUGUAUUCCAUGGAGAACAGCAGAGCCAAAGUACGCCAACAAUGAAGUCUAUGUAGACCUUGUUGAAGAAAUGGAUGUGAUUGUAAGCAGGGAUGGGGGCUUGGUGAAAUGUGAGAUCUAUGGUGAAGUUCAAGUAAAUUCACGGAUCUCAGGUCUUCCUGAUUUAACCCUUUCAUUUACAAAUCCUUCCAUCCUUGAUGAUGUGAGGUUCCAUCCCUGUGUUCGAUUUCGGCCUUGGGAGUCUCAUCAAAUUCUUUCUUUUGUGCCUCCUGAUGGACAGUUUAAGCUGAUGAGUUACAGAGUUAGAAAGUUGAAGAGCACCCCAAUAUAUGUAAAGCCACAGUUAACUUCAGAUGGUGGGACAUGCCGUGUUAGUGUAUUGGUUGGAAUAAGAAAUGAUCCUGGAAAGACAAUUGACUCCGUCACUGUUCAGUUUCAGCUCCCUCCUUUCAUAUUAUCAGCUGAUCUGACUUCUAACCAUGGAACAGUAAACAUCCUUGCUAAAAAGACAUGCAUAUGGUCCAUUGAUCGAAUCCCAAAAGAUAAAGCUCCUUCCCUGUCUGGAACAUUAGUGAUUGAAACUGGAUUGGAUCGCCUUCAUGUCUUCCCUACAUUUCAAGUUGGUUUUAGGAUAAUGGGUGUUGCCCUCUCUGGUCUGCAAAUAGAUAAAUUGGAUCUGAAGACUGUACCAUACCGAUUUUACAAAGGUUUUCGAGCUCUUACUCGGGCAGGUGAAUUUGAAGUCAGAUCAUAAUUUCGAAUCGACCAUAAGUCAUAUGAAUAGUGUGGAUAAGAGAUUUUAUUGUCUGUAAUAAUAAUGGAUGGUUUCUUUUGUAAAGUAGUUAAUGUUUUCUUCUGGUCAUGAGUUAUUCUUUGGUGAACCUUACCUUGGUUAUAUGAGGUCAAUGGAGUUUGCUGCUGCACCCCUA